AGUAGGAGAAUAAUAAGUGGGAGAUGGUUUUGUGUCCUUGAAAAUCCAAAGCAAGUAGGAAUAGGAUAAGCUGGUGAACAACUUACUCAAGGAAAAAGCAGAGUCCACUUGUCACCAAACAAAAUCCCCAAAUUCCGGAACCUAAAUCCGCAUGCUGAUUUUACCGCCAAAACGCCAAUGCUCCACUCUCAUCGUUAUGGCCAUCCUCUGCUCCCCUUCAAACCUUGUUCGGCUCCUUACCGCCCCCGGAUUCUCGCAUCGCUUCACUUUCCCGCUCCAACCAAGGGAGCAAUUAUUGGGUGGUCGGCUUUCCGGACUCCCAACUUCAGGGUUUCUCCCGUUCUGCGUUCCUCAUCGUCGCAAUUUUCAUCUUUCUCUGUGACCAGCAAUGCUGAAGAUUUUAGUGUGGAGUUGGGCAGGCUGCUGGCGCUUUUGCCGGAGGACAUGCGGAGGAGGGUGAGCGAGCAUCCGGAGUACAGUGAUUUGAUUGAGGUGGUCAUGGACUUGGGCCGAAAGCCUUUGGCUCGGUUUCCCACGGGGGAUUUCAUGUUGUCCGAUCAUCCUAUUACAAUGGACGAUAUCCAACAUGCCACUUCACUGGUUGGGGAUUUUGCAGUUGAUAAUCGAGCGGGAAUCAGCAGAACCUUGCACCGUAUUAGUGCUAUUAGGAAUAGGAAAGGUACGAUCAUUGGUUUAACUUGCCGUGUUGGUCGUGCAGUGUCUGGAAGUGCCAACCUGUUGCGAGAUUUAGUCAAGGAUGGCGCUUCCUUGUUACUCAUUGGGCCACCAGGGGUGGGAAAAACAACAAUAAUCAGGGACAUAGCUCGUAUGCUUGCAAAUGAGUAUAAGAAGCGUGUGAUGAUUGUUGACACGUCAAAUGAAAUUGGUGGUGAUGGAGAUAUUCCUCAUGCGGGAAUAGGCGAUGCUCGGCGGAUGCAAGUCCCACAUACUGAUGUGCAACAUAAGGUGCUGAUAGAAGCUGUUGAAAAUCACAUGCCACAAGUGAUUGUGAUAGAUGAAAUUGGCACCAAGCUUGAAGCUGCUGCUGCAAGUACAAUUGCACAGCGUGGAAUUCAGCUGGUUGCAACAGCUCAUGGAGUAACCAUCGAGAAUUUAGUGAUGAAUCCAGCUUUAGAAAUGCUCGUUGGAGGAGUGCAGAGUGUGACAUUAGGAGAUGAAGAGGCAAGUAGGAGAGGUGUUCAGAAGACAGUGUUGGAGAGGAAAGGACCAGCAACUUUUAGUUGUGGGGUGGAGAUAAUUACUAAGACAGAGUUACGAGUCCAUCGUUAUUUAGAAGCCACAGUGGAUGCUCUACUUUCAGGACAUCAGCCAAAUUUUGAGGUUCGGAAGAUAAAUAAGGAAUCAACAGAUGAAUUUGAACCAAGGUUAUCUAAAUCUGAUUUUUCUGAGACAAGCAGGGAAAGUGGGACAGAGGAAACUUCUGAAAUAAAUGAUAUUACCCAUUGCCAUGACAAAGUUGUCUCAGAAGAGAACUCCUGUAAGGAUGAGGAUGCUCUCUGUGUAUUUCUCUAUGGGAUAUCAGAGGCAAGCAUGGUACAAGGGAUGAAACAAUUGAAGAUAGAUGAUACAAUUGAAUUUACUGACAACAUCAGUGAAGCAGAUGUCUUAUUAGCAUUGCAGUCCAAGCUCAAAAAGAAUUCCGGGCUUCAAGCUGCUGCAAAAGCUCGUGGAAUUCCUACUUAUGUCAGCAAGACAAGCUCUUUGGCUCAGAUAACCAAGGCCAUACAAGCCGUAAUGUCUGAUUAUGCUGUUGGUUUUGAAUUCUAUGAAUCUGAAGCUAAGGCAAAUGACUCAGAGAAAAUUGAUGCCUUGGAGGAAGCAAGAAUUGCAAUUGAGCAAAUAGUAAUUCCAGAAGCGGAGUCCGUCGACCUGCUUCCCCGCCCAUCAAAUAUAUUGCUGCUUCAAAAGGAUCUGAUUCGUAAAUACAAUCUUAAGUCAGAAAGAGUUGCUUCUGAGCAUGGUGUCUGGCUCCGGAUCCUCCCUCUACAGGGUAUAACAGGUGAAGACAAUUCUGAGAAUGAAGAAGCAGAUGGUGCUAGCAUGGGAGACUUCUAUGGACUAAAUGGUGAAACAAAUGGGUCAGCCUUCACUGUCAACAGAUUACCUCUCCUUCCUGACUAAUGGGGCUACUUUUGAUCUCCUCUCCUACAGAAUAAAAGACCCAAAACCACAGGUGGGUGAGGAAAUGUCAACAUCCAAAAUAUUGGCGGUACGAGAAUAAGUGUGGCUGGAAAUAACCUCAAAGUGCAGUGAGAAGAAAUCAAGAUUGUAGUUGAAACCUGCUUGAGCCUAUCAAUAUUGCUGCCCCUUAUUAGAGUGAUGUGGUUCUGCAUAUGGCGUGGAUAUGCUUGCCUUUGAUUAUCAAAUGAAAAUUUAAGUGAAUAGAUGUGCCUUUCUUAAGUGUAUUGUCCCAAUAGCCAGACCUGAAAUUGGAGGGCUUUUCUACAAUAGUGCAAAAGCAUUAGGCUUCUGGAGUUUUGCUCUUUGUUCUUAUUGUACAGAGAAAAGCUAAUUUUAACCAGAAACCAAACUUAGAUGCUUCCCUUUACAUGCAAACCCUUCACAUAUAAUAACACCCAAAGUCCAAUCCCAACUCUUCAGAGCCUCAUAGGGGAAAAUCUGGAUUCUAGAUUACAGUGAGUAGAACUUUGUUCCAAGCCAAUAGUUGAGCUUCAUACCAUCAGCAGCUGCAAGAAGCCAAACAACUGACUUGGACACUAAAAGUUCUUAGGUAAAGAAGGGCUAGUCUACGUGCAACGAUGAGACUUUUGACAAUUAAAUUCUCCUCCCCUGACUUUUCUAAUUUGAAUGUGUUUUCGAGUUCAUUAACAAUAUCAAUCAAGAUAUGCAUCAUAAGACCACUUUGUUUGAGUCGAAUCAAUUAUAUGAUUAGUUUUAUUAUAUUUAUAUGAAUGGAUUGAAUUAAUUACACGAUAAUUAUAAAUUAGACGGUGAUAGAAUUUUCAAUAGGUAGGAAGUAGGAAAGUGAUAGCCUUUCUCAAAGAGAAAGGCGGCAAAAAUAUUGCCGCAAUGGCAUAUUGUGGAAAAGGGGAAUCGCCUUUUACAUCCACGUUGGCCAUUGAAUAUUCACGUUUGAGGUCAAAAUAGCAAUAAUAACAUUACCAAUAACAGGAAAGUUGAUCCAUGUACAAAAAAUAGUAAUAACUACUAUUCUAUUCUAUUCUAUUCUUUUUUUAUUCAAAAAACGUUCCCCUAUGAACAAAGUGUCAUUUUCUUAGGUAUUUGAUUGCAUGGUAUCAAGAGCGUGCAUCCACUUCAAAAUCAUAAUUAGUGGAGUCCUUAGUCUAGAAUAAGUGUCUUAUUCGGCCCCUCUUCAUUAAAUUAUCACAUAAGUUGAAACCUCGAGAGCCCUAUAAAUAUCCCCCCUCCCCAUCCCCAAGAUUUCUAUCUUCAACUCUACAAGAGUUUCAAACUUCUCAUUGCAAAUUCAUAGCUAGUUAAUGUCACAUGCCCACAUGGCUAGUGUAAAAUUUUGGUUUUGCAUAGUACUGAUCACGUUUUCAUUUGCUGUUUGUGAAUCGCGUUCUUUUCCUUCACCAACACAACCUCAAGGACGUGCAUUGAUUGAGAGCGCACAAGAAAUUAUCAAAGAAAGUCUGAGGAGAAGAGAAACCGCAGAUAUUUGGUACGACCCCAAUCGGGUUAGCCCCGGGGGACCUGAUCCUAAACAUCAUUAGUUUGUGGAGCGAGAGAGGUUUAUAAACGAACGUGAUGUAGUUUGGGAGAGACCCUUGAGAGUUUCCCCCUUUUUUUGGAAAAAGAUUUAUAUCUUUUUGCAUGUUUAGUUGGACAAUACUUGCACCGGUGAUCAUUUGGGUUCGAUCACCAUGUAAUUUGU